UGUGAUAGAUCAAAUUCUGCACAGACAUGUGCAAGAAAGGUGAUCAUGAUCUUCAAGGCAUAUGCAAGAGGUCAUUUACCUUGGUCAGAGUGCUGAGCAUGGCUGAAAUGGUCAGUUUUAUCUUUUGGGGUGAAGACUGUGAGGCGUACACUGAUUUGCAUGGCAAUGCAUAUCCUGCACAAUCCUGUCCCUACUUCUGCUGUGGAUAUUGCAUGGUUCGAUAUUGUUGCUCUAAUCCUGUCUUAAGAUACGACUCCUGGAAAUCUUCUUGUGAUCUGCUGAAGGCAGGGGCCCUUGGCUCGAGCAGUUUCAGUGACAUGCAGUUGUUCUCAGACCCUGAUAUUUACAUUUCCUCUGACCCCAGCUUUGGAACUCUGAUUGCAAUUGGAGUGACCGUUUGUGCAGUGAUUAUCGUCACUAUUGUCCUGUGCCUCACCUGCUCCUGCUGCUGCUUGUAUAAAGCAUGUCGGAGACCACGGCCUGUUGUGGCCACCACGACUGCCACUACAGUGGUUCACACUCCCUAUCCCCAACAGCAGGGGGUGGCACCCACCUACCCAGUAGCUCCAUAUCAAGGCUAUCAGCCUGUGGCUAUCCAGCCACAGCCCGGGAUGCCAGUAGCACCAUACCCUGCACAGUACCCUCCCCCUUACCCCAUGCAGCCAUCAGGACCUCCAGCUUACCAUGAAACCGUGGCAGCUGGUGCUGGAGCACCUUACCCAGUCAGCCAGCCCCCUUACAACCCUGCUUACAUGGAUCCUCAGAAGCCCACCUAUUGAAAAGAUCCACUGUGCUUCUCCAUGUUUUAAGUAUAAUUUGUGCUGUUUACACUGUGCAACUCUAGUAGACUUCUCUGGAAGACAGCAAACUUUUGUCUAAAUUGAAGUUAAUCCAGUAUCUUUUCUUCUGUAAUGCUUUGAGUAUGAGGAAGGAGUCUUUUUCUUGCAGAAGUUGUUAAAUUUAUACCUCAAGCAAAUACAAAGAGAGAUUUUGCUCUAUAUAGAAUGAGAAAAGCAUGCAGAAAGAGUAUUCCAGAAAAAAAAAGAACCACAAGAACAUUUGCUGUGCAAUAAUUUUGAGCAUUCUCAAACACCCAAAGCUGCAGCAAUCUUUUGCACAGUAUUUAAACAUAACUUAGUCUCUAUAAAAUCUACCUGAUCGAUGUUAUGUGUGUUCUGCCUGUUACUGUGGUUAGGUAAGAGACUAUGUAAUACAUUGCAUUUACCAUUCAAAGGGAAUUUUCCUUUUUUGAAACACGUUUGCCUUCAGUAAGGGGUACAGCAAACCAUAUUUAGCUGUCUUUGGAGUAGUUGCAUUUUUCUGUGCUGAGUAGCAUGAGUUGAUAAUUUCCUUGUGUUCUUCCCUGGGGUUUUAGGGUUUGGGAUUUUUUAAAAUUUUGGUGAUUUGUUUGUUUUGGUUGAUUAGUCAUUUUGGUUUGUUUUUCUUUUUUAAUAAUUGUGCCUUCAUUGAGUGUUUUCUCAGGCCAUUUUAAUUUAUAACCAGAAAUUAACAACAAACCAAACUCUCUGCCACUUAGCAGAACAAAUAAAUCAAAAGGUGAAAACCUGUGAGUUCUUUAUAAAAUGGUUGGACAAGUAUUUGUUGACCAAGUAGUUCUGGACAAGCUUACAGAAUUCAUGUGUUGUUGGUGAGUUUGGAAAUAAAACCAGCACCUUAAUCUUAUGUUGAACAGAAGUACCUGCCAGUGUUUAGUCCUGCCUCAUCACGGGGAAGGAAUUAGUUUUGCAGGAGAGAUGGGAUGUCAGAAAUAGAUGGUGUUAUUUAAAUGUUUGGAGUUUGUUGUUGCCUGUGUCUAGAGGAAAGUGUAGGUGGCAGGAACCUACGAGUGAGAUGUACAUAAAAUCAAUCUGCUUUUGAAUAAUAGUAUUCAGGGGGGGAUAAGAAAUCCAAGCCCAACAGGCAGUAGAGCUGAAACCUCCUUUUUGUCUUCAGCGUUCCCAUAGAGCUGAGCAGAGAAGGAGAAGGCAGGGAAAGGCAGGAUUUGGACACAUGGAGGCAAUGUGUUCUCAGGAAGGUAGUGCUUGCAGUCAUGAAACACCUUGAGACUACUACCAGUGUUAGCAAAGCUUUUGGCUCUGUACACCUUGUAAUUUUACUUAUUUUAAUUCCCUCUACAAUUCUGUCUUUUCUACCAUUGAAAUACAGCUCUGCUGAGGAGCACCAAAUUGUGCAGUCUGUUGUAGGUAUCACUGAGGCAUCACUGGUGAAAUAAUUUUGACAUAUUGCAUACACUGACUUGACUUUUUUUUUUUUUUCAGAGAAGCCAUUAAGCCAUUUGUGCUCCUGUUCCACCUUUGGGGUGUACUAACUGUUUGAAAACAUUAGUGGUGGAAUUGUUUUACCUCAUAAUGAUGGAUAGAAACUGCAGCUGUCAAAGGCAGCCUUAUUUAUCUUCCUGAGUUUUGAGUUUAGUUCUGGGUUAUUCCAGUUGCUUUUUCAAGAAAGUCUUCAGGGCAUUUCAGAAGAAACUUGCAGGAAGUUUUUUAUCAUUCUGAUUCAUGCCAACCUGUGCCACUCUGUGUUACACCUUUGUGUCAAAAUCAGUAGCAUGAAACGGUGCCAGGAGGCACUCAGAGCAUGCACACCCUGUAUCUGUGUGUUCCUCCUCCUUCCUGCCUUGUCAGCUCAGAAACUGGGCAAUGCUUCAUUACACUGCUAGCAGUUAUGUGAGAGAAUCAAAAAUAGACCUCCUCCUGUACAGAGGAUGAGGUGGUUUUCUAGAAAUGUGGAAUUUUUGGGUGGGAGGGCAGUGAGUAACUGCAGAAAUAAUGCCCUUGCUAUAGAUCCUACCCCUAUACAUUUAUUGACAGAAAUAAUCCAGCAGCUGCCCGGGUGGAGCCUGGCCAGUGCUCCAUCUCAGAGCACAGGUAACAUGUUCUGGUGUUGAUGAAGUUUUUACUCUGUACCACUCUUCCUUUCCUCCAUCUGAUGUGACAAUGAGUACAGGUCAUGGCAGCGUUAGCAGUGUUGUUUGGCUUAUGAAAGGAAAAUCUGCACUUUCCUGAGAUGUUGGCUCAGUCAUCUGCCAUCAUCCUAAGAAAAAGAUAGUAGGAAAGUGAAGUGGUAACAAUAACAGAGGCGCUUAAAUGUCUGAAGUUUUGGUGUAGAUGUUCUACAGACCAAAUAAAUUGCCCUGAACACCACUGUGUGUGGAGUGGUGAGGGGAGAUGAGGGAUAGGGUUAAAGAGCUUGGAAAUUUAAACCUUUCCUUCAGUCAACAGAUGGUUAUAAUAAAUAUAUAAAGUGAAGAGAUGAAUCAUUAAUCUAGAACAACUUGAGUAGCAGUUCAGCUACUUCAGUGACAAAACUCAUUGAAAGAAAAUGGUCCACUUACCUCACAUCAUAAUUGGAGCAGUUAAUCAGAUCUUUUCUUAUUGUUAGUGUAUCAAUCAUCAUUAACAAUAAGGUGCAGGACCAAAUUUUGCUUUUGUUGUUGCCAUGCAACCCAUUGAUACUUGGUUUUUGUAUAGUUCAUUAUAGAAAAGCUAUAUAGUGUUAGAAAAGAUGGAGAAGCUUCAAACUUUUAGUUGAUGGAGUGCUUCAACAGCAUUGCUGUUGUGUCAGCCCAAGUAAUCACUUUGCCUUCACAUCAAACCAGUUACCCACAGUGCUCUAGGGGAGGGGGGAUGGAAUUAAAACUUCAAUGUUGAAAGAGUAUGUUAUUUUUUUGUUUUGUUUAAUUCUGUAAGUGCCUUUGUUUCAGAAAUGUUUUGUGAAAUUAAAGAUAGUAGAAUAUUCUGUUGUACUGAUUUUACUAGAUAACCAUUGUUGAUUUUUAUUACAUACUGUAACCUAGCUUUGUGUGUUGUUUGUAGUUUAAACCUACAUAUCCAAAAGAAAUGGCAUAAACUCUAUGCACCUUUGUA